GCUACAGUCCACGCGCUCAGAGAGAGUCAGAUAUGACUGAGCCACAGCAUGGUCACACGCCAAGCUCAGUGGGGAUGUGGUUGAGGGUCAGGGUCUGAGAGAUGGUCAGAAGCAGAUGAGGACCCAGACUGGAGAUAGGGUUUGGGAUGCUCUCAGAGCAUCAGACAUCCCUGGAGCUCACCUGGUAAGAAGAUGCAGAAUUGAGUUCUCCAGGAGAACUGGCCCUGAGAAGCAGACGGAGGAGGAGGGGCAGGAGGCUGCCUGGGGGCUUGGGAGGGCACAAAGAACUGAGGACCAGGAGAGCUUAUGGGGGUCAAGAGAAGGGAAGUUUCUAGAAGGACAUGGGUUACCGUGUCAAGGCCCUCAGACUCCCUCGGACUUGCCACCUAACACUGACUCUGUCACUUUGCCAGAAGAGCUGCUUCUGUGUGUGUGUGUGUGUACAGCUGGGUGAGUGGUUAUCUCUUUAAAUGGCUGCUAGGAGAGGGGGGAUUCUGGAAUUCUGCCGCAUAGAGACAUAGUCUCCCUUCUCUCCCACCUCUGGGCCCUGUCCAAGGGCCCCGGGAGAGCUGGGGGUGAGUCAUUUAGGUGAGUGUGCACAGAGGUGGGGUGUUAGGAAGGCACACCCACUAGAGAACAGAGGUUUCUGGACAGAAGGGAGGUUCCUAAGCUGUGGUGCCUGAGGGGAAGGUGGUCAGUCUUAGGUCUGGGUGGGGCCUGCGAGGGGUCCCCAGAAUGAGAAGCCCCAGGCAGGGGUGGAGGAGUAGCCAUCUGAUGGCUGUUCCGUAGCAUGAUACGGAGGGACAUGCAGGAGGGGGUCCCAGGGACCUGGCAGUGAGCAGGGCAUGGGUCAGUCUUGCAGGCGUGAUCCUUGGCAGCAGUCCCCUGGCAUGGGGGUGAAGCGGAGCCUUCAGAGCGGGGGCACCAUGCUGGGCUUCUUGGCCAACUCCUUCAUCGUUCUGUCCACUGCCUCCAACUACUGGAUCCGCUACUCCGGGGGCCACAGUGGCCUUUGGCAGGAGUGUAACAAGGGCGUCUGCUCCAACAUCCCUUGCGAUAACACGCUGGCGGUGACCGGGGCGUGCAUCGUGCUGGCGGCGGGCUGCGGCAUCAUGGGCUUGGUGAUGGGGCUGCGGCUUCUGUGCAGUGAGGGCUACUCCCGGGGUCAGACCACGUGUGCCGUCUUCCUUAUCUCGGGCCUGCUUCUGCUGAUCGCCCUGACAGUCUACACAGUGAAGAAUGCAUGGAAAGACGACGUCUUCUAUUCCUGGUCCUAUUUUUUGGGGUGGCUGGCUUUACCCUUCUGUAUUAUCGCGGGCUUCUGCUUUCUGCUGGCGGACAUGAUCAUGCAGAGCACCGAUGCCAUCAGUGGAUUCCCCGUGUGCUUAUGACCGCAGCUGCCUGGGGACAGAAUAAAGGAUCGGCUCCCACUGCCA